CCUACUCAGUACCGUCGAGGUAGUCGCGCACGGUGUACCACACGGCUCCCUCUCCCGCCUCUUCGUGAUGCGUUAAACGCGGUUGAUUUGCGAGAAGACUCGAUUUCACUUUCACACGCGCUAGACGCGCAAUUGUUUUCGGUAUACAUAGAUAGGCAGGAGUCUUUGGGGAAAAAGAGACCGUUUCGUCCCCUACGCCGCCGAGAUGAUGCUCGUUUGUUAUGCGGGGAUGCUGUUGGCGUUCGUCGCUGCCGCAGGAUAUGCCAAAGUGGCACCCGAAGUUCAAUGCACCCCGGAGCAGAUGAGGGUCGAGAUACCGCUGGACGCGAACACCCAAAGCAUUUACGUGCAGGGUCUGAGGGACUACCCGGAUCCAGCUUGCCGGCCCCACACGGACGCCUCUGGGAAACUAGCCGUGCUCGAGCUCGAUCUGAAGGACGUCUACAGAUGCGCGGUCACUAGGGUGGUCAACAAGCAAACGGGCAAAAAAAUAUAUUACCAGACGUUGGUCGUCGAGAAGACAGAGGCGGAGGGACAACCGAAAACGAGGGAAAUGGUUCACGUCAAGUGCUCCAUGCUGUCGCUCCGAGAUCAUGCCAUCACCAGGAGGCAGGUGUUUCCCGCAGGAUUCCAGGAACCCGAGUUCUUGGAAACGACCACGAGCCUGAUAGGAAUGGCACCCCAACCUAAUAUCACGGUGGGCGUUAGACAAGCGGGGAAAUUGGUAACAGGCGAGCUGAACGUUUCACCUGGAACGCCACUUCAGAUGGAGAUCUCCCUGGACCCGGCAUCUACCUCCAUUUACGGCCUCCUGGUCACCCACAUGCAGGUGUCGGACACCAAGGCGCAAGAGGAGACUAUUAUUUACAACGGAUGUUCAGUGGAUCCUUAUUUAUUUGAAAACUUCAACACGGUAGACGGAGACAAUUUGGUGGCGAAGUUUAGGGCGUUCAAGUUCCCGGAAUCGUCCUACGUCCAGUUCAAGGGAACAGUGAACGUGUGCUUGGACACUUGCAAGGGGGUAGAAUGCAGCGACGGAUCUACCGGCUACGGACGAAGGAAACGAGCGAUCUCGAGUCUACCGCCAGAUCCCAACAAGAUAUUUGAGAUCACUAUCACGUCCUUCAUCAAGGUGAACUACGAGGACGACGAGGAAAACUUUGAGGAAAUGGUCAAGAACGCCACCAAGAUCUAUAACAAUAAGAAACUGAUCGUCGGCAAUCAAAUGACCGAAGACGACGUGAGAUAUUACGCAGACAACGACAGAAGCGAGCCGGAUCUGGUCAAAGUGCUGAAAACGGAAGAGAAAUACACGAAUAUAAUCGCGGAGAAUCGGGCCAGCUCAGCAUCCCUUCCCGCGGCUUUCGUAAUCGUCGCCCUAAUUAAGUCGCUAAUUUUGUAAAUAAUUAUCCUCCCCCGGAAAUUUGUCCCGACAAGUGCGAAUACUAUUUCCUUCGUCGUUUCGCUAGCGUCCGUUGCAAUUAUUGUAAAUACCCGCCGGAUCGUGUAUUUAUUGAUUUGUAAAUAUGUCUGUGAUAAUAUAAGUAAUGUCUCCUGGUACUUGUGACGCGUGUCCGUUACGUCAUGGCGGGGGUGGGGGUAACGCGCGUCGCCAUGUCGCACUGCUGACACUUCGGUCCGUGACCUCCGCCUCUCGACAUGUGUUCCGUUGUCGGAUUUGAUUUUCGUAAUUUUUGACGACUAAAAACGUUCUAACCAACCGCUCAACCGUGCGUGUUAAUAAACUGCCAGUUACUAUAAUUUUUUUACUUAAUUUUAGGGAAUAACGCCACUUUUUCGUUUUCCUUUUUUUUUGGAUUUUUUUUUUUGUCUAAAACCGCAAAAAAUAUAAUGUGAAUUAAUACGACUAGUCUUUGGUUUGUAAUUUUAUUCGAAAUAAACGUAUAACUAAA